AAAGAGGACCACUACAUGGCAAGAAGAGCCGCGAGAGUCAGAGACGCAUGUCUCAUCUUCAAAGAGAAUCUCCUUAUUCAAUAUGCUCAUCUUCUGAAGAGAGACGAAACCUGGAGUGCCCUCAACGCCUCCCUCUGGAUGAACAGGGAUGUUCUCGUAGACCGCAAAAGCCGCCUAGCCUGGUGUAAGAUCCCGAAGGUGGCAUCUACGUCUAUGGUCCAUGCUCUCCUGCGCGUGCUGGGGGAGGAACAUUACCUAGCCGAGUUAGAAAUAGGACGGCUACACACCACGCUGAGACGUCUGAUGCCUUCUCCGCGUCCGGAUGAAGACCUGGUUGACUUCACCUCCUUCUUGGUGGUCAGGCAUCCCUUCCAGAGGAUCCUAUCAGCAUAUAGAGAUCGGCUAUUGGAUAAAGCGCCCCUCUCGAAAUUCCGGUCCUUCAAAAUACGAUAUGGCCGUGAGAUCAUCGAGAAAUAUCGUUUGAAAGAGAAGCCAGUGGAGUACAGCGAAGUGCCCACCUUCGGGGAGUUUGUCGAAUACCUCCUGGGCACACCACCGUGGGAAUACAACGAACACUGGCAACCGUACUACCUGAUCUGCACGCCUUGCCACCACCACUACGACAUCAUCAUGCACCUUGAGAGCUUGCAUGAUGACACGCGGUACCUUGUCGAUCUCACGGGUCUUCCGCAGUUGGCUCCGAAGCAGGUUCACGGCACCAGAGAAAAUCUGCUUCCGAAACCCGCUGAUACGCAAAGGAAACGCGAUCCGUUACCUAAAGAUGCGCAUAUCAAGGCAGGGGAGAAAUUGGGACAUGAUGUAGCCCAGCAAUCCAAUGGUCAUAAGCCGGCAAAUUUUGAGCCUGAGUUCUUCAGAGAAAUUAGUCUGCAGC